CCAACCUUUGCAGCUACAUCACUGGCUCGGUUUUUUCCAGCUGCAGUCAGAGCAGUCGCCAUGACACUAAUCCUUAAUUUCUGGAUGGGUUUUGUUGCUCUGUCGCUGACAGUGACCAGCAGUCACACUUUGAGAAGAAUCCCCCUGAAGAAGAUGCCAUCCAUCAGAGAGACGCUGCAUGAGAUGGGUGUCUCUGCAGAGCACGUCUUAACCGAGCUGGCCCAGCUGAGCAACAACGGGACUGUUCCUACACCUCUAACCAACUACUUGGAUACUCAGUACUAUGGAGAAAUCAGCAUCGGCUCUCCAGCCCAGACAUUCAAUGUGGUGUUUGACACUGGUUCAGCCAAUCUGUGGGUGCCCUCACAGAGGUGCUCACCUUUCUCCACGGCCUGCUUCACUCACAACAGGUACGACGCAUCCCAAUCCCACACUUAUAUUGAGAACGGGACCGGGUUUUCCAUCCAGUAUGCCUCUGGAAGUGUCAGAGGAUUCCUCAGCGAGGACGUGGUUGUGGUCGGAGGUAUUCCUGUCGUGCAAGUAUUUGCAGAAGCCACUUCUCUGUCUGCAAUGCCCUUCAUCUUUGCCAAGUUUGAUGGAGUCCUCGGGAUGGGUUACCCUAACGUGGCCAUUGAUGGUAUCACUCCAGUAUUUGACCGUAUCAUGUCUCAGCACGUCCUCAAAGAGGAGGUGUUUUCUAUCUACUACAGCAGGGAUCCAAAACACUCUCCUGGUGGGGAGCUGGUUCUCGGGGGCACUGACCAAAACUACUACACUGGGAACUUUAAUUACGUGCAAACCAGAGAGCAGGGUAAAUGGGAAGUUGUGAUGAAAGGUGUUUCUGUAGGGGCAGAUAUGAUGUUUUGUGCAGAGGGCUGCACAGCUGUGAUUGACACAGGUUCCUCCUACAUCACUGGCCCUGCCUCAUCUGUGUCUGUGCUGAUGGAAACCAUCGGAGCCGAGCUGGAUGACAGCGGAUACAAAGUGAGCUGCGGCACUGUGAAAAUGUUGCCAAGUAUCACCUUUCACCUGGGAGGCCAGGAGUACUUUCUCACUCACGAGGAUUAUAUAUUAUGGCAAUCACAGAUGGAAGGGGAUGUCUGCGUUGUCACCUUCAGGGGCUUGGAUGUGCCGCCACCUGCAGGUCCCAUCUGGAUUUUGGGAGCCAACUUCAUUGCUCGAUACUACACAGAGUUUGACCGUCGCAGUAAUCGGAUAGGGUUUGCCACAGCGGUCUGACAGGAAGCUUAGCAUCAUCCAUCUUCUGUUGUGUUUUUGCUCUUCUAUUUUUUUGCCCAUUUCUUUUUAUUUUCAUUGCCACUUUUAAGUGAAGGCCUUUAUGAUAAUGCUUAAUUUAAAUAAUUGUUUUACGGCAAUAAUAAAGAUAAAUACAUAUCA